AUUUUAUUUUUUAUCAGAAAAUUAUUUUACACCAUUUUUUUAAAAAUAGUUUUUAUUUGUACAGAAAUGAGCAAGCGAAAAAGCAGCAUUACGGAUUUCUUCACGAAGGCAUCCAAUAAAAAAUCACAUGAUUCUGCAAGUUGCUCCACUCAGUCUGAGCCUUUGCUUCAGCAUCCGGUGUCCGCUGCAGAAACUACAUCAGUCAGUGAAUCGGCUGUAGUGGACAUGGUUACUGAUGUGGCUGAAGAUGCCGAUGUCAGUGAUAGCAUUCUUCCAGAAUGUUGGGACCAGAAUCAGUGGCUAGAAUUUAAAAAAAAGUACCCUUGGCUGUUUGUAGACAAUGGUCUUUUAGGGUGCAAAGUGUGUCGCGAGGUUAAACACCUUGGAGUGUCUGUUUCACAGGGUGUAUCCAUUUCUAAAGAAUGGACCACUGGUACAAUUACACCAUAUGACAAAACAAAAAAAGAUAUGUUGACCUCACUACGUAAAAAAAUCCACAUACAUAAGAUUUCAGAAGCACAUGUAAAGGCAGAAGAUAUCCAACAGUAUCCAGAAAGGAGAUUCUGCAAUCCAAUAUUGCUGAACAGCAGAAGCAUAAGUUUGCGUCUACUACUAAGGUAUUUCGCACUGCCUACUUUUGUGCGAAAAAAAAUCGCCCUUUCACAGACUUCAGAGAUCUUAUCAGCUUGCAGGUUGCAAAUGGAGCUGACUUAGGAUGCAUUCUCCAUAGUGAGUACACAGCAGCACAAAUAAUAGAUUGCAUUGCUAGUGAAAUGAGAAAAAAGCUUUGCAAAGCAAUUGUUGAGCAGGCUCCAAAAAUUUCUGUUUAUAUUGAUGAGUCUACAACAGUUUCUACCCAUUCAGUGUUAAUAGUUUAUAUUCGUGCCUCUGUUAACGGAAAAGACCCAGUCACUUUCUUUCUUGAUUUGCUUGAUUUGCCUAAAGCAGAUGCACAGUCUAUUGAAGCCACUCUUCUAGCUUGUCUUUCUAAAUUUGGGUUCAGUAAUGACUUUCUUGCCGAGAACUUGAUUGGGGCUUGCAGUGAUGGUGCAAGUGUAAUGCUUGGAAGAAAGUCGGGUGUUCUGGAACGACUCAGUCAAAAAUAUCCACAGAUUGUGAAAUGGCACUGCUUGUGUCAUAGGCUUGAAUUGUGCAUUUCAGAUACAAUUGAUUCUAUUCCUGGUCUUCAUCAUGUAACAUCAUUUUUUGAGAAGUUGUAUGCUGUGUAUCAUCAGUCACCAAAAAAAUCUGGCAGAGCUCUCAGAAUGUGCAAAAGAAUUAGAAGUACAAAUUCUUAAAAUUGGAAAAGUUUUUUCAGUUAGAUGGGUUGCUUCAAGCCAGAGAGCUAUACGAGCAGUUUGGGAGUCAUAUCCUGCCCUACACAGUCAUUUCUUGAAAGCAAGCUUAAGUUCAGCUAAUAACAGUAAGCAGAAAUCUGUAUUUAGUGGCCUUAACAAGGUCUUGACAUCAGUAGAUUAUUUGUUAAACCUUGCAGGGGUUGCGGAUGCUGUUCAGGAAAUGGGACUGUUAUCUGAAGCUCUGCAAAGAGAUGACAUCACACUUCCACGAGCCUAUCAGCUGAUUAAUCGUUCCGUUCGUGCCGUUGAAAAAAUGAAAGACAUGCCUGGCAAACAUCUGAAAGAAGUAAUGGAAUCGCUGGAGAAAGGGAAUUUCAAAGGUGUGACCAUCAAUCCAGAGAGUACAAAAGGCCAAGUGAGGAUAAAUCUCCCUCAAUUUUAUCAAAGUUUGGUGGAUAAUUUACGCUCCAGACUCUUUGCUUUAACUGCGAGCAACAGACCUGCAGCUUCAUCACAGUCAGGUGAAUUUGAAACUCUUGUCUCUGAAAUUGACAUCCUGAAUUCACAGCGCUGGCCAAUCAAUGUGGACAGUCCGUGGUUUGAAGGUGAAGCGAAGCUGGAGCAGCUGUGCAAAAGAUUCCGUCUCAGCUAUGCAUCCAUAUGUGAAGGUUUCAGAGACUACAUUGAUAAUGGUGGUGCAGAGAUUCCCGAAAAUCUAAAACCAGUGGUGACAGCAGUUAACAGUCUUCCAGUGACAUCCGGUGAUUGUGAAAGGGGCUUCAGUACAAUGAAUUUGGUGAUGUCACCCAUUAGGAGUGGGCUUGGCAUUGAACGCCUGUCUUCUCUUUUGUUUAUUAGUCUCAUUGGGCCUCCUGUGCAUUUAUGGGAUCCUUUACCAUACGUCACAAAAUGGCUGACCACACAUCGCAGCGCAGAUGAUACUAAAUCUCGAAAAGUUGAUAAUCUUGCACGGCAAGGGCAACGUUAUUCCAGUUUGUGGGAUAUUUUCUAAUGGGCUGUGUGUUUAGUUUGUAUACACUAUUUGUUUUAGAAAUUCCCUGCGAGGGAAAGAUCACCCAUUGUGGUGAUUAUUCUGUUAGUUUGACUAACAAGUUAACUCCCUCCCAAACAACACCAUUCACUUUAUCACAGUUGUUAGAACUG